UGAAAUCAGUCGAUCAGUUGGCGUCCUCACGCUGUCAAUUAAAAAUUUAUUUAUUUUUAUAAAUUAAUUUCAAUUAGAAACAAUUACAUAUAAUUACCGCUAAUAUAUUUUUUUAAUAAAUUAAAUUAAAUUAUAUUAAUUUUUACACACACUUAUAUUUAUAUAUUUUUUUUUUCAAGAAAUAAUUAUUUUAAAUUUAAAAAAAUAAAACGCCGUUAUAAAGCAUUUGAAGGUUAGUUCAGUGGGCGUAGUCUUCGAUAGAUAUUAGACAAACGAGGAUUAAAGAACUCGUAAGAUAAUUUUUUUAUUAAAAAAGGAGUUUAAAAAUUUAAAAAAUGGAUGUUGAUUGGAUUGAAGAUAUGCCGAAAAGUGAAGCAUUAGAUGCUUACAGAAAAUUAUCAUCUUUUUCGUGGAAAUAUUUACGCCUAGUACUUGAAGAUCCAAAGAAAUUACAAUUUAAGAUGCGCGUAUGGAAGUCCAUGGAAGCUGAUCAUGAGUUUCAUAUGCCACAUUAUGGAGUAUCGAGUGAUGAACAAAAAAGACGAGCAGCAAUCCAAUUAGCUAGAUUGAAUCAUUUAGAAUUUUUACCUUCUAAUAUAAAUAACGUUGGCUACAAACUAAAAACAGAAGCAUUGAUGACGAUAAAUGAAGCGACAAAUCUUGUUAGUCCGGCUCUGUCCGUUAAAAUUGCUUUAGGAGUAUAUUUAUUUGGCAAUACAAUAUUGAGCUUAGGAACAGAUCGACAUAUUCCAGUCUUUCAGGAUGUAUGGAACAAAAAACUAAUCGGUUGUUACGCAUUAACUGAAGUCGGACAUGGCAGCAAUACUAAAAUGAUGCGCACAACUGCAACUUAUGAUCCAGCGACCAAAGAAUUUGUUCUUUACACUCCGGAUUUUCAAGCUGCUAAAUGCUGGGUUGGAAAUCUUGGUAAAACGUGUACUGUAGCAAUAGUAUUUGCACAAUUAAUGACAGAAGGGCAUUGCCACGGUUUGAAUGCAUUCAUUGUACCUGUUAGGGAUAGCGAAACUUAUUUGCCUUAUCCCGGAAUAACAAUCGGUGAUAUGGGCGAAAAAAUGGGUCUGAACGGAGUUGACAAUGGCUUUAUAAUGUUCAAUAAUUACCGCAUUCCCAAAGAUAAUUUAUUGAAUCGUACCGGUGACAUCAAUGAAGACGGAGAGUACGAGAGUUCAUUCUCCGAUCCCCAAAGAAUACUCGGUGCUGUAUUAGAAAAUUUAUCUGCUGGACGUAUGGGAAUUUGUGGAGAGUCUGUUAAUAGAUUAGGUGCCGCAGUCGUCAUUGCUGUCCGUUACGCUGCCGUGAGAAAACAAUUUGCAUCUUCUUUGUCCGGUGAUAAAGCAAUAGAGUCUCCUAUUAUUGAAUACGAGCUUCAUCAAUGGAGAUUAUUUCCUUAUUUAGCAGCAGCAUCAAUCUUCCGAAUUUUCAUGACUGAGUUCACGGAAGUUUAUGUGGAAAAUGUUGAAAAAUCAAUGGGAGGCGGCAACAUUCCAAAUCUUAGUCAAAUUGUAGGCGAGAUCCAUUCAAUUGUAUCAGCAAUAAAACCCUUGAUUACAUGGACAUGCAAAGCUGCUUUGAGUGAAUGCAGGGAAGCUUGUGGUGGACAUGGUUAUCAUAAAGCUGCCAAUCUCGGCGACUUGACAGUUAAUCAUGAACCGACGGUGACAUAUGAAGGUGACAAUAAUGUACUGAUGCAGCAAACGAGUAAUUGGGUUUUGCGACAAUGGUUGGAAGUACAAACAGGCUCAACAAUCGGCAGUCCAUUGUCUUCAGUAACAUUUUUACUUCAUGGAGCUUCGAUAAUUAAUAAAAAAUUUACAGCAACUUGUAUUGAUGAUGUUAAAUCAUUGAAGUUUGUUAAAGAUACGUAUGAAUGGUUAAUAACAUAUCUUGUUAUGGAGACACAGCGUAAAUUCGAAGAAGGUAAAGCUAAAGGAUUGGAUAGUUUUGCUGCAAGAACUAAAGCCCAAGUUUAUUGUGCCGCUUCACUAUCACGUGCAUAUGGAGAAAUGAUUAUAUUAAAGUACUGCACGAUUAGAUUAGACAAAGUAAUUAAGACAAUUCCAUCCAAUAAAAGCUUGAAAAUUGUUUUGAAUAACAUGAUGUUACUGUACUCGUUGUCGUGCUUAGAAAAACAUCUAGCUUCAUUUUAUCAAGGUGGCUACUGUACCGGACCACAAAUGACUGAUUUAAUACGUGAAAGUAUUUUAAAUAUUUGCAGUGAACUAAAACCAGAAGCUGUUGCUAUUGCUGACGCUCUAGCACCACCUGAUUUUGUUCUUAAUUCAGUUCUUGGAAUGUCUGACGGUCGUGUUUAUGAACGUCUUGAAGAAGUAUUUAAAUUCAAUGCCGGUGGAAUGGAUCGUGCAAGCUGGUGGUAUGAAUUAAAAACUGCUGGAAAGACACCUCUUGCUCCACGUUCAAAACUUUGACAUAAAUUAUAAUAAUAAUAACUAAUAAAACAAAUAUUUUUAAAUGUUUAUAAGCACAAGAAUUCUAUUAAAAAUAACACAAUAUAUUUUUAUUUUUUUUUAAACUAUGCAUUGAAUUUUUUUUGUUAAUUAUUAUCACGAUAAUAAUUUUA